GCCGAACCUAUUAGUCCCUUCUUGUCGACCCGGUCGUGAGCUCGGACCUACAGGCCGCUAAGAGGAGUCUACUAAAGGAGAGACGAGAAGCUGGUAUCCAUAAAGGGUCCUGUUUCAACAUGGCCGGAAGAGAGCAGGAACAGAUCCAGCCGGAGAAUGCAUUGUAUCGAAUGGCCAGGCUUCCUCUCGUCCAGUCGUCCUACCAGAUACUCACAUUUGCCUAUCAAGAUAUAAAGAACCUCAAUCCAUUGGUGGGAUAUUUUUGCAGCAUGUCUGAGAGGGGCGCAAAAGCUGCCAGCCACGUGGCCGCCAAGUGCGUGGCCCCUGUCCUGAGUAUCAUGGGACCUCAGAUCUCCACCAUAAACAAAGCGGCUGUUUGGAUGGUCGAUGAGUUGGAGGUCAGGCUUCCUGUGCUGGACCAGCCAGCAGAUGAGGUGGUCUCUGAUUUCCAGGACAAGUUGGUAGACACCGUGGGUGCCAUGAAAGGUCAAGUUCUGGAGCGGCUGCAGAACUCAAUGGACAGAGUCAGUUCCUUGGCUAGAGAUGCGCGUGAUGCUGUCUCUCUGGCCGCUUUCACCUUUAGGGCUCAAGGGCUCAAGGAACUGGUGAAACUGGGGGCCGAGCUUGUGAUGUCUCAGGCUGAGGAGCUAUUGCAUCAAUACUUUCCGGAAACGGAUGAAGGCAGAAAAGAGAAUGUGGGCAGUUAUGAGACGGAAGAAACAGGGAGCGCCACACCGAAGCUUGUGUCCGGGAUUCUGCAUUUCAUCAAUGCCAUCCUAGCACGUGGUCUUAGAAGACUCAAUCCUGUCCUUGACUCGGCCUGGGGACUUCUGCACGGCCUUAUCAACCUUCUGCGCAGCUUAUCCUACGAGAUGAAAAGACUUCUGCGACGAGUAGCGAGGAGUCCAUUCGGGUCAAGAGAAGACUCAAAACUCACAGAGGGCUUGAAGAGGAACAAGCGGGACCCACCGGCGAGACUGCUCCGCUCCGCGCCCAAGAAGAGGACCUUUUUGAAACCCAAGCACUCUGUCCACCAACGUGAUGUCUCGACCAGCUUUGCCGCUGCCAACGGAAGACACGGCUCGUCGGAGAGAGUCCGCGGCCUGCAGAAGACGCAGAGUCGGGGCGGUCCAUUUCAAAGCUCCACGUUGUGGGAAGACUAG